GGGUUGUUGGCCUGGGAGUAACUCAGAGCCACCUGGGGCUUCUGUGUCCCUCUGACCUGAGGCAUCUGUGACCUUCCUCGAUUCACUUGAUCAUCAGCAAACUAAAGGGUCGUCUUUUCCAAAGAGAGAAAUAGCGGUGAGGUGUGUGUGUUAGCAACAGGUAUAAGCCCUGAUCAUGGCCUCCAGCACUGUCAGGUUUAAAAAAGAGGGGCAAAAAAAAGAAAGAGGAAAGGUAGAGAAGAUUAUCAUUUCGAAAGUUCGCUUUCAACCGGGCCUCUCUCACUGAGUCAUGGAGGAAGGGAAAGGUAAAGGGAGCUGACAGGUGUGGUAGUUACACAGCAAGGCCCAGUGACAUUGGGUCAGAAGUUGAAGUAGAGCAGAGGCAGAGUCCCACGGAGGCUGUGCUACCAGGUGUCCUGGAGGAGGGGCCAGCUUGGGCACAGGCUGGAUGGGCCUCAGGGCAGCACAGGAGGAUAUAGCCAAGAGAAGGAUCAUGAGCUGGCUCCCUGCCAGGCACAAGGUGAGGACUAUGUUCCUGUUUCCGUCACUCCUUGCCCUUCUGCAUGUGGUGACGGUAUCCUGCUCAGAAACAAAAACCUGUGAGGAUGUCCAAAAGGCCUGCAACCUGAUCUCCUGCGGCAUCCCUGUCACCAAUGGUACCCCAGGCAGAGAUGGGCGUGAUGGACCCAAGGGGGAAAAGGGAGAGCCAGGUCAAGGGCUCAGAGGUUUGCAGGGCCCUCCUGGAAAGCUAGGGCCUCCAGGAGAGAGAGGGGCCCCUGGGAGUCCAGGACCGAGAGGCCAAAAAGGAGAUCGUGGAGACAAUUCAGCUGCCGAGACUAAGCUGGACAGCUUAGAGAGCGAAGUAAGGCGCCUGAGAGCAGACCUGGACUACAUGAGGAGGUUGCAAGCCUUCUCCUUGGGCAAAAAGCAUGGUAAGAAGCUCUACGUGACCAACGGGGAGAAGAUGCCUUUCUCCAGAGUAAAGGCUCUGUGUGCUGAGCUUCAGGCCACUGUGGCUGCCCCUAGGAGCUCCGAGGAGAAUAAGGCCAUCCAGGAUGUGGCCAAAGACACUGCCUUCCUGGGCAUCACAGAUGAGGCCACUGAAGGCCAGUUCAUGUAUGUGACAGGUGGGAGUUUGAGCUACACCAACUGGAAGAAGGAUGAGCCCAAUGACCAUGGUUCAGGGGAGGACUGUGUGAUUAUCCUAAAGGAAGGGAUCUGGAACGAUAUCUCCUGCGCAUCGUCCUUCCUGGCCGUCUGUGAGUUUCCCGCCUAAAGAGAUACGGGUUCGGCCUUCUCCUUCGGUCCCUGCCAAACUCUCUGCUGCUUUAAAAGAGAAAGGUGCUGGUUUUCCCCUG